AUGCAAUGCGAAGUUUUUCACGUGAGUUGUGGCUUGAUCGACUUUUGCAGUGGGCAGUCAGUGGGCUUCAAGUUAUGUCACCAGAGCUCUGCAGCGAUGCAGCCGCCCACCGGCUUUGUGCCUCUGGUGGCCUUCAAGCGGUGCCCGCCAAAAGGGGUGUUCUUUGAGUUGUUCCUUUACCUCCUCGAUAGCGUGAACGACGUGUAUCAAGUCUGUACCUUCAUCUUUGGCGCGCAGUACUUCUUUGCAGCCUUCACCGCAGCCUUCGUCUUGCUUAGCUCCGUGAUGGCCGCCAAUGCGGUGAACUUCAGCUUCGUUGAACUCGUCACCGAGGCCAUCAGAACCGCGAGACGCGGCGCUCCCACGGAUACUUGGAAGUCCAUCUUCUUCUGCGAGCAGAAUAUAGAGGCGCCAGGCACGGGUCUGAUCGCCCCAUACGGCCUAGCGCUGCUGUCCACCAUAAGCCCGCUCACCUUCCUGUCUGCCGCCUAUGGCCUCCUGAGCUCCGCAAAGGCCAUGGCCUCCGGACGCCUGAGCCUGGAGAGCGGCGACCACCCUAUGGCCCUUGCGGCUAUACGGCCUACCGCCUUCAUGGCCAUGAAGGCUUGGCUCAUGGUGGCUUUCCUGGCAGAGCUGGCGGGCUUCGCCAUAGUCUCCUCCGUGUGUCAUCCGGCGGUGGCGCUGGCCACCUACUUGGCGGCCGCCUGCGUCUCCGGCAUCGCCGCGCCCGAGGACAAGAUCUUCGUCUGCCUUCAGAACCUGGCCUUUCCCAACGGCGCCAUGCUAGGCAACGCCACGAGGACUUUGGUGUCCGGCUCCGGGCAGUACGCGGGCUGCGGCUUGUUGGAGGGUCUCUUCGUCCUGCUGCGUCUGGGGCUCUGGGCCUCGCUGUGCUUUGCGGAGCUGCCGCAGGGCGUGGCUCCCUGGGGCGCCUUGGCCCGGCCCAUGGGCCGCGUGGUGCUGGAGGAGCAGUUCAUCCGCCCCAGCCUGGCGGUCUUCGAGGCGGUGCAGGACUGUGCCAACCACCACUGUGCCUGGCCAGAGUUGGAGCACCUCAGUACGAGCAGCGCAAUGUACCGGAUGCUUUUGCUGGGAACCUUCAGCAUUUGCGGCGCCGUCCAUGCGCUGGUGGUGGUGGGCCAACUCUUGCUGAACCCCACCUACCGCUCGGCUGAGCCCAAUGUGGAACUCGACAAAGAGAUGCAGACGAUGAUUAACGAGAUCGAGAAGUAUUCUGACAAACGCGAGUGCAACUAUGAGGAAAUGGCUCUGGAAUAA